UUCCAUGAAUGAAAUGGCAAAACCUCUCGUGCGAUCUCCAAAUAUCAGGGGAUUCCAAUAAAUUUUUUUGAUGAAACCUAAUCUUUAUAACCCACGUUGAGGACAAGAUGUUCGCUGCCGGGUAGAAACCAUGAGACAGGUACAAUAGUUUAGAAGCUAUUGCACAUGGAAAGCAAGCGACACCGAAGCAACCAAGAAGGAGCGGGGGACAAGAGAUGCUUCUUAGCAGGAUUCUAUCUUUGUGUCUACCUGCGCUGCCCACUCAUGGUGAGUUGUAUAAAUCAUGUUAAUAGGCAGGCAAAAAGCCAAAGCAGCAACUGCAUCACAAUCAGAAGCAAAAUCAUCAGAGCAAGAAAUACCCAAUACAAUGAGCAUGAGCAUUUCCUUACCUUCUCUGUCUCGGCUCUCCUCCCUUGGGGUAGCCAUGGCUCUGCAAUCUCCUCACAAGUAUAAGCAUAAUCGGUCAAGGAGUAUGCCCUCAAGCCCAAAAGGACACCCAAGUCUUACAGACACACUUGUAGGUGAGGUGGAAAGAUUGGAGGAGUCUUGUUCUUCUUCAUCAUCUUUUGGAGCGGAUUGGUUUGGCCUAGCAUUGGAGGUGGCGAUCAAUUGCUAUUCCAAUUUGUCAAACAUGCAGAUAGACAUGGAAGGCGUUGGGAGCAAAUGGAUCAACGCACAUCUGGAUGACAUACUUCAUCUUCUUGAAGCCUGCAAUUUGUUGAGGGACACCAUUACAGAGAUCAGGAAGCAACACACGAGUGUGCAGGUAGCCAUUCGUGGCCUUGGCCGUGAUCACACUCCCUCUGCCCAUGCCCUUGAAAGGGCACGCACUACCCUUGCCAUUUGUUUGUGUAAGAAGAAGGACACACAAACUCAGCUGGAGAAAUGCAUGUCCACUUUGAGGCGAAUGGCAGAGAAGCUCAACGUUGAGGAUAAAGCGGGAUUAGCACAAGCUACCAUCAACAUCAACCAUGCCAAGGCCAUCACCGUGAUGAUCUUCUCUGCCCUUGUCACUGCUCUUUCUUUCAAGACAUCCCACAGGAGGAUGCCAUCCCUUCCUCUUCCUGUCCAUUUUACUUGUCUGCAACACAAGCUAAGGGAGGCAUUUGAGAUGAGAAAGAGGUCAUCAUCGUCAUCAACAAGGUCCCUGCGCGAGUUAGAGGCAGCAGAUAUCGCACUGGGAAAUCUCAACAAUCUUCUUAACUCCAAGUCCAAAUUGCAGCUUCCGCUUCAUUUCUCUCCCUCCACAUUGGCACUCAAUGAUUUGGAGACUGCUCUUCCCCAACUUGAAAACAAAAUCAACCAGCUAUUCAAGUUUCUCAUCUCUGCCAGAGUUGCCAUCUUGAACACCCUUUCUUCUCAUUGACCCGACACUUAUU